AUGCCGUGCAAUUGCGAAGACGAUAAUGGAUUUUCGGAGCAUCAAAAUGGAUGUCAGCUGAGAAUUAACACAAACAGAACUUCAACGGAAGGUUUUAAUGGCUACAGCAAAAUGUAUGAAAAUAGCGACACUUUAGUUGAAGAAGUGGAUCAUAGCUCAGUUAGAUAUCCCGAUGGCACAGUGCGUUUGCGCAACCCGAAUAUCGAACUUAUGGACCAAGAUAUUUUAUAUCACUUGGCCCUUGGUAGCGGCUCGCACGAUCUGGUCGAAAUGUUUGGUGAUGUCAAAUUCGUAUGCAUGGGCGGUACACCGAAGCGAAUGGAGCAGUUCGCCUACACCAUAAUGGCGGAGAUCGGGCACAAGCUGCCCUGCGGCACUACGCUCCAGGACAUCAGCCAGUUCUCGUACCGAUACUCCAUGUACAAAGUCGGCCCCGUGCUGUCCAUCAGUCACGGCAUGGGUAUUCCUUCGGUUGGCAUUUUGCUCCAUGAAGUGAUCAAACUUAUGUACCACGCGAAGGUGCGCGAUCCAGUGUUCUUCCGGAUCGGGACUUGCGGCGGUAUCGGUUACGAAGGUGGCACCGUGAUUAUCUCUGAGGAGGCAGUCGAUGGGGCUCUCAAAAACGCCUUGGAAUUAACCGUCCUUGGAAAAACGAUCCAGCGGCCCGCCAAGUUAGAUCGUCGCUUGGUGCGCGAGCUGAAGGGCCUCGCCGACCCUGAGGACCCCUACGACACCAUAACGGGGAAGACCAUGUGCACGUAUGAUUUCUACGAAGGCCAGGGCCGCUUGGACGGCGCGUUCUGCGACUUCACGGAGAGCGACAAGAUGGAGUAUUUGGAGGGCAUCCACAAGGCGGGCGUGGUGAACAUCGAGAUGGAGUCGCUAGCGUUCGCCGCGCUCACCCACCACGCGGGCAUCAAGGCGGCCGUCAUCUGCGUCACGCUGCUCGACCGGCUCAAGGGCGAUCAGGUUUUAGCGCCUAAGGAGGUUUUAGAUGAGUGGCAACAGCGUCCUACCAAGUUGGUCUGCCGUUUCAUCAAGAGAUACUUGCAAAUGAAAGGCCGCUUGUCAUUGGAGGGGCACGGCUCGAUCGCUGUCAAAAGCCCACGCCGCUUCAAGCUGGUGCAGCAGGAGUCGGAGAAUUACGAC